GAUUGGUUCACGCCGUUGCUUUACGGUGGUCGCAGAGUUGUGUACUCAGACCGAGUUAGAGAUGUUGGUGUGUUGUCUGAAGCAGAGUUGAAUACCCAUAAAAUGGAGUAUAUCUACAGAGGUAGUGGAUGUCUACGGAAGGAUGUGGACAAAUGUGUACAAUAGCAGCACUUGUAAGUGCUACAAACUGCAAUACAGACUGCAUGAGACUAGUCUGGACAUAGCAACAACAUGUGGAUGGUUCAAACGGCCGUCUCUUCAUGUCUUUGCAAUCGGUGGUAUCUUUAUGUUGUGGUUGUUGCUGUUGUCUUCAGUCAGUCUAAUGAUUGCUCGGUUGUGGGUGCAGAAGCAGCUUUAGUUGUUCCCAGAGACGAAAGAGGAAAGACUGUGUUGCAAGUGUCUACACGCUUGGCUAAUGGGCAACACUUAGAUAGAGUUUCGUUUACAUUGGAAGUCUUUGACAGAAAUUACACUUUGGAGUUAGAACAAAACAGGGGAUUGGUUUCUUCUUCGUUUAAGGAAGUUCAUUUUAGUUCCACAGGAUUUCCUGUCAGUAACCAGGGUUUUGAGAACUGUUUCUAUCAUGGGACGAUUCUUGAUAUUGACGAUUCCCACGUUGUAGUCAGCACAUGUAAUGGUCUAAGUGGCUUGUUUUAUUACGGUAAAGAUCUUGAAACAUUCUACUUUAUAGAACCCGCUGGACUGUUAGACGGAGAUAAGUUCUUAGACGGUCAUUUACACAGUGUCUACACGGCAGCAGACAUGGAAGUGGAAUCCAUCUCAUUUUGUGAUGCAGUGAAUGGAAACAAAACCGAGCCACAGAAUCUCUUCCAUCAUGUAGAUCUGAUUAACAAUACGCUGCCUCGACGUUUACGAAGAGAUGUCGUGUCUGAUGAGAAGAUAGUUGAAUUGGUCAUUGUGAACGAUCACAGUCAGUUCAUUGCUCGUAAUAGUGACAUCAAUCAGGUCACUCUCCGCUCGAUCUCUCUUGCUAAUAUAAUGGACUUGUUGUACAAGCCGUUGAAUACUCGUAUUGCUUUGGUUGGGGUAGAGACUUGGAAUGAUACUGAUCGCGUUACGGUUGAUUCGUCGCUGUUUGUCACACUCGAAAGAUUUGCUGACUAUCGUCGAUCUGAGUUGCUGACUCGCUUUCAGAGUCACGACAAUGCCCAGCUACUAUCGAAUGUCAACUUUACUGAUUUGGUGGGAUUGGCUUUUUAUCGUGGCAUAUGCAGCGAUGGUUCGUCAGCUGGUGUCGUUCAGGAUACGUUCAGUGAAGCGGCAACUGCAACUAUCAUAACUCACGAGCUGGGACACAAUCUAGGAUUGUUGCAUGAUGAUGGACGUACAUGUGAUGACUGUCUAACUGGAUGUCUCAUGCGGAGAUCUUUCAAUUCCUCGAUGCCAUACACGUCAUUCUCUAACUGUAGUCGAGAAGACUAUGAGGUGACGCUGCGAGAUGGCUUUGGCGUGUGUCUUUUUGAUACACCAGCUAUGCUGGUCGGUGGUCCUAUCUGUGGAAAUGGAUUUAUAGAGGAUGGAGAAGGCUGUGACUGUGGAUCUGCCAUGGAAUGUUUACAGAAGAAUGACACGUGUUGCAAUUCGACUAACUGUCAACUGUUUGAUGGUGCAAGUUGCAGCAGUGUGGAGCCGUGUUGUACAAGCGAAUGCAAGUUUGCAAGUUCUGGUUCAUUGUGUCGAAGUUUGAUUAAUAGUUGUGAUCUGGAGGAGUUUUGCACUGGGUCGUCGGCUGAUUGUCCGGACAAUUUAUAUUUGCAAGAUCUAAGUCCAUGCUCUGAAAGUCCUGCGGGUGUUUGCUAUAAUGGCCAAUGUGAAACACACGAUCUUCAAUGCAAAGAAAUCUUUGGAGAAAAUGCAAGAAAGGCUGAUGAUUUUUGCUACGAUUUAAUAAACAUAAGAGGAACUGCUGAUGGAAAUUGUGGCACAUCAGAAUCAUCGUUUGUGCCUUGUGGUGCCUUAGAUGUUGAGUGUGGUGUACUUAUUUGUGAAGGAGGAGAGAAUGUGACAAUUGUUUCACUCAGUGGAGCAGUUGUUAUUACUCAAAUUACAACCAAUGCUAUUAAUCCAAUUAUAUGCAAGAGAGUUGAAAUUACUUUUGAAGACGUAGCCAAUGAUAUAAGAUAUGUGAGAGAUGGGACAAAAUGUGGCAUAGAGAAGAUCUGUCAAGCUCGGAAAUGUAUUAACCCUAAUACUCUAGCAGUACCCAGUUGUCCCACCGACCAAGCUGGAAACGUUUGUUCAGGAAAUGGGGUGUGUAAUAAUUUGAAUAGCUGCUCUUGUUCAGAAGGGCUUGAAGAACCCGAUUGCAAAGAAGGUAAGAGCAUGGUAUGGGGUUUGGAAGGGUUUCCAAGUAUAUCAGAGCUGAACACAUCCAGUGAUAAGUUAAUUGUUAAUGUAGUUUCCAAUGAAUAAUAUAUAACAAAUAAGCUCGUAACUUAAUAAAUAAACAAACAGUAGUCUGACAAUUGGAGCGGUCAUCUUCAAGUCACACACAUCAAGUACUUCAGUUGAGAAACACGGUGGUCGGGUCUUUGUUGGAUUGAAGCACUGCAGUUGAGGAACGUGCUGGGUCUUGGUUUGGACUCAUUCUUGUUGCUAUUGCAGCACAUCGCAAUACUGAGUGCUGGGUGGUCGUUAUGCGAUGAAUUGUUUCAGUGAAGCCGAGAAUGGUGUUCCUGUUUAUGAGGUGUCUUGGUUUAUUUUUGAAAAAGAGCAAACGAACACAAGGUGUUGAAAUAUCAAGACAUUCAUGCAAUCCUAAUGAGUUAGAAACAUUCUAAGAACAAAUCCUGUAUAGCCAUACAAAGUUGGAAGGAAGCAUCAACAAUAUGUAGUCUGUCUCCAAGUCCAUUCAUUCAUACUCGAGGUCAUUUCUAGAUG